AUGAAUUCCGACGUUGAAAAUUUUCAACGAGCGAUCGAUGAGGAGUUCGAAGAACUCGUUGCAGCGGUGCAAGCUGAAGCCGAUGAGGAGGAGGCGGCUUUGGCGGCGACGGCGGCCAUCCCUCGGCCGAGAUACCGUCGCCGGUGCUUCACCUUGCGGAGUGAUGCCACCGGUCGACCCGGAUUGUCGACAUAUCAGAAGUGCACGACCACAAUUAGGCAACUUUCCUAUGCCGGGCCUACUGACAUGUUCGACGAAUAUCUACAGAUGGGCGAAACGACUGCCCUUAAGAUGCUGAGACAGUUUUGCAAGGGUAUCAAAGAAAUCUUCAAAGGGGAGUACCUACGGAAACCAACGGCCGAGGAAUGCCAGAGACUGAUAAAUAUGCACGGGACUGUGCAUCAUUUUCCGGGCAUGAUGGGCAGCAUCGAUUGCAUGCACUGGGAGUGGAGGAACUGCCCGGUGGCUUGGAAGGGGCAAUUCACUUCUGGUUUCAAAGGGCGACAUCCCACGAUGAUCCUUAAAGCCGUUGCUGACUACCGCUUGCGAAUCUGGCAUGCGUAUUUUGGUGUCGUUGGGUCAAACAAUGACAUCAACGUUCUACAAUCAUCGCAUCUCUUCAAUGAUGAGUCCCGGGGUGAGGGUCCGCAAAUCAGCUUCGUGGCCAAUGGCACGCAGUACAACAAGGAAUACUAUUUGGCCGAUGGAAUAUACCCUCGUUGGCCCGUGUUUGUCAAGACGAUCCGACAACCAGUUGGGCUGAAGUAG